GGCUGGCAGAGACAGUGUAUAAACUAUCCAAGCCAUGUCCUAGGGGGUUUCUCCGCUGUAUUGCGUCUGGGGAAUGCAUACACCCAAUAUUAGGCUGCGAUGGCGUGGUAGAUUGCCAAGAUGGUACAGACGAGGAGGAGGCAACUUGUACAAUGCCCUGGACACCAGGAAUCAGAAGUCAAUGCUACAUGCCUGCGGGUCAGACAUGUUUUCCAGAAGGCGGUAGUGUGCAUAUAAUCGGAACGGUGACGAAAAUUAUUGAGAUACCUUGGCUUGCACAGGCUACCAGGGGGGAAGGAACAAUAGAGUACUAUUUCAAUAGAACAGAUGGCAGAAUGAGAAUUAACGCAAUGAUGGAUGGAAUAAAGGAGUUCUCUGCAAUGGCGCUUUUGUUCUUUCUAUUCACCUCUGCAAUAGAUGGCGUCAUGAUCACACCCACGGGAUACCGUGUCUCCAGCAUGGUAGAAGAUAACAGCGGAGACCGGGCCUAUGACGGCCUUAGUAACACUUAUGCGUUAACUGGAAACGGUUUCGAAGCAUGGAUGCUGUUCAUUUUCCCAUCGAAUCAAACGUUCAAGAGUGUCGACAUUCAAGGAAUUCUUCCACCGAGCACUGAGUUCCGAUGUGGAGAGGCAUACGAACCAAUGGGGAGAGGUGACACAAAACACAACCAUUUGAAGCGAAGUGUGACGAGCAGCAGCCAAUCCAUUGUUGCGCUCUCCGAUUUUAUCAACAUAGACCUGCCCAGAUGCGUCGGGAGUAAGGUCCUCGUCAAGAACCUAAACGGGACCGCGUCCAUCAAGAUCAAUGAAUUAAAGUUCAACAUUUAACUCUGAUACAACAGCAGUCGUCAAAUUGGGAAUAUAAUCUAAAAAUAGUGAUGCAUGUCAUGCACGUUUAAGCUCAAAAUAUCAAACUAAACUAAAUUGUUAAAAAUUAUGUGUAAAAAAUAAUCUAUAACCAGCAUACCGUGUAAUUAUAUGUCACAUUUUCCAAAAACGCUAAACGUGGAAUUGACGUAAAGUGGUACAAUUCACGUACAUGUAACGUGCACUUUUAUAU